AUGACCCAAUUAGAGAAGCCUACGUUCUCUUUUUCCUUUGCGGCAGUGCUAUUUCGCCGAUUCAAACAAAACUCAUCGUCGAAGAUGGAUCGGUUGUUGUCUGCUUCAAAUGUUCAGGAUCAUCCUUUUUAUGAUGAUAUAUAUUUUCUCCUACAUCUCAAAGACGAAGGUAUUUUAUACCCUCUUUCUGGUGAGAGGUUUGAGAAUAAAGUUAGAUUUCAUUGGGAUAAGCUUCCUGUGAGAGAUAUGAGACACAACUUUUCUUUUAAUAUUUUGGGUCCAUUUAGUUUUAACGGCACUAAUAAAAAAAUAAUGUUGUGGAACCCGACUACCACAGAAUUCAAGAUCAUUUAUGCCAAAUCUAGUUGUUUUUCAAAGGUUUGGUCCAAUCAAUAUCAAGUCGGUUCUGAUCAUGUUAAGGAUGACUAUAAGAUGAUUAGGCACACUCAUUGUCCUCCCAAAAGUAACUGCAGGAUUUCCUCCUUCUGGGAGUUUUCCUACUUUUGGGAGAUAUUUAGCCUAAACAAUAACUCUUGGAGGAAAAUUGAUGAAGAUUAUCCUCAUUCAAAUUUCACUUAUGGAGAAGAAGUGUACGAGGAUGGAGUGUCUCAUUGGUUGGACAAAACAUGGUUGGUGUUAUUUGACUUCGUCAAAGAAUAUUUCAUUACAACACCCAAACCUUUCAAUAGGUUUAUUGCCAGUAUACUAUUGACAAUAUUAAAUGGAUCUAUUGCUUAUAUAGAAAACUUUAAAGAAACAAUUACAUUUUAUAUUGAAAUAAUGGGUGAACUCGGUGUAAAAGAAUUAUGGACUAAACUCUUUAUUGUUAGGCCUUUCACUUGA